GAGGGGUCGGUGAUGACGAGGAGGAGGGUGUGGGACCCGGAUGCUUAUGCGAGGAACCAGAGCGGAGAAAAUAACGCUUUACAGCGCAAAGAAACCGUCAAGACACGCAAAAUAUCAGCGCGCAGCGUAUCAGUCACCAUCAAAACCACAAAACCCCUUCCCCAAAAGCGACCGGCGAGAGCGGACACACGGCGCAGACGAGAAGGAAGAGGAUGCUGCGGUCCACAGCUCAACAUCAGCAGCAGAGAUGAAGCAGAGCUGCCAGAUCCGCUACAGUGAUGCGAGAGGAUGCAGAGCGACCUGGAGCUCCUCGUCUUGCUCAGUGUGAAACGGCAAUAGAUUUACCUGCUUGUUUAACUGCAUUUGCGAGAUUCUGGCUCCUUUACCUGAGAGUUAGGCCCAGCACAAGUGUACUGAAGGCUUGCGUUCACUUAUAUUUCACAAACACUAGCGUUAGUCAGGAGGAGUUUUUGUCACGAGCCGAUGGCCAGCUGGUAGAUACAUCUAGAAACAGGAGCUUACUAACAGGACCUGGCUUUCUGUAAUGACUGGAAACGAAAAGCCUGAUCAAUUGAGAAGGGUGACUUUGAUUGGCAGAGCUGUGAGUUAGGCUGCUUCUAUGGACCUGACUGUAUCUCUGCAUUGCCAUCAGCAUCUUUCCCCUCAUCUACAUGACAAACACAAAGAGUUCAGAAUAAUAAAUAGGCCCGUAUGACAGAUAUUAGGGAACCCCGAGCUCAGCAUGGAUAUAUUUCCAGGUUGUUGCAAACCCUUGGAAGACUAUUUUAGAAAAACUCAACUCAAAAACAGUGCGCUGUGAUAAUAUUGCAUGCAAAAUGUCUAAGGAGCUGUCAAUGACCCAGACAGCUCAGUAUGUAGGGCCAUAUCGACUGGAGAAGACUCUCGGGAAAGGCCAGACAGGUCUGGUGAAGCUCGGGAUUCACUGCAGCACUGGCCAAAAAGUAGCCAUCAAAAUAGUCAACAGAGAAAAACUCUCAGAAUCCGUGUUGACGAAGGUGGAGAGAGAAAUUGCUAUUUUGAAACUGAUUGAACAUCCACACGUGUUGAAACUCCAUGAUGUUUAUGAGAACAACAAAUAUCUAUAUUUGGUACUGGAGCAUGUUUCAGGAGGAGAACUGUUUGACUACUUGGUGAAGAAGGGCAGACUGACACCUAAAGAGGCACGAAAGUUCUUCAGACAAAUCAUAUCUGCUCUGGACUUCUGUCAUAGUCACUCCAUAUGUCAUAGAGACUUGAAGCCAGAAAACCUCCUGCUGGACGAGAGGAACAAUAUCAGGAUUGCAGACUUUGGCAUGGCCUCACUACAGGUGGGAGACAGUCUGCUAGAGACAAGCUGUGGAUCUCCUCAUUAUGCAUGUCCAGAGGUUAUCAGGGGUGAGAAAUAUGACGGCCGACGGGCUGAUGUAUGGAGCUGUGGAGUCAUUCUCUUCGCUUUGCUAGUGGGUGCACUGCCCUUCGACCACGAUAACCUGCGGCAGCUGCUGGAGAAGGUGAAGAGUGGAGUCUUCCACAUGCCACAUUUCAUCCCACCCGACUGCCAGGCUCUGCUGCGGGCCAUGAUCGAGGUCAACCCUGAAAAAAGAGUCACGCUAGAGGCCAUCCAGAAACAUGCCUGGUAUCAAGCUGGACGCAAUGAGCCGUGUCCGGAGCAGCCGCCCCCGAGGCGCGUGAGCAUGGGACGGAUCAUGUCUCUGACAGAGCUGGACCCAGAUGUGCUGGACAGCAUGUAUUCUCUGGGCUGUUUCAGGGAUAGGGUUAAACUGGCCCAAGACCUGCAGUGUGAAGAAGAUAACCAGGAGAAGAUGAUCUAUUAUCUCCUGUUAGACCGUAAAGAGCGCUAUCCUAGCUAUGAGGAUGAGGAUCUUCCUCCCAGAAAUGACAUUGACCCUCCACGGAAGCGUGUAGACUCACCCAUGUUGACACGUUACGGCCGCUGCCGGCCAGAGAGGAAGAGUCUGGAGGUGCUGAGUGUGACGGAGCAGGGCUCACCCACAACCCCGCGCAGAGCGCUGGACACCUCCAUGCACAGCCAAAGAUCUCGAUCUGUAAGCGGAGCAUCAACGGGCCUCUCAUCUAGUCCUCUAAGCAGUCCUAGGAGCUCUGUCUUUACCUUUAGCAAGCCGGAGGUAGUUGCCGUCACCAAAGCGGGAAGCGGCAGCACCAACGCUCAUCCAAACCGAUCGCAUGAACCCAAAACACAGACGCUUCCAUCUAAAACCGCACCUGAACGCCUCCAGUCCAUGAAGUCCCUCCCCUUACCCUCCUCUUCCUCCUCCUCCUGCUCUCCCUCCCCUUCCCCCUUCCUGUCGUCCAUUCCCUGUUUCCUCUUCUUUCCUUCUCCAUCUGCGUUGCUGAAGUCGGUGACUAAAAGCUUGUAUCCCAUGUCUCAGGUCACCCCUCAGGGCUCUCCCCUGCCCACCCCGCUGGGUACCCCUGUGCAUCACCCCCACCCCUCCACCGCUACCCCACCCUCCUCUUCCUCUUCCUCUUCUUCCUCCCGAGCCGAGGGAGGAAGUGUGGGCGUGGGCUCACUCUCCUUGACCCCACCCUCUAGUCCAGGGGGAGGCGGCGGCAUGGUGGCCAGUAGCUCCGCCUACUGGAGGACACGCCUCAACUCGCUGAAGAACAACCUGUUGGGAUCACCGCGGUUCCACCGCCGCAAGCUGCAGGUGCCAAACUCAGAGGACAUGUCCAGUUUAACACCAGAAUCAAGCCCAGAGCUGGCUAAAAGGUCCUGGUUUGGGAAUUUCAUCAGUCUGGAGAAAGAAGAGCAGAUUUCUGUGGUCAUCAGAGACAAACCUUUUAGUGGCAUUAAAGCGGAUAUCGUCCAUGCCUUCCUCUCUAUUCCCUCGCUCAGUCACAGCGUAAUCUCUCAGACGAGUUUCCGUGCGGAGUACAAGACUUCUGGAGGUCCGUCUGUCUUCCAGAAACCUGUCAGAUUCCAGGUAGACAUCUCCUUCUCUGAGGGGGAAAGAGAACGAGAGCGGGACAGAGACAGGGACGGACAGAAGGAUUAUGGGCUCUACAGUGUAACUUUUAGCCUCAUAUCAGGUCCAAGUCACAGGUUUAGACGAGUUGUUGAAACGAUUCAAGCCCAGUUACUCAGUGGUCACGAUCAGACCAUGACGCAGACUCUUUCAGAUGAGAAGAACAGUCGCCCUCCUAGAACACCAACCAGACAGAACUCCCGGCGCUCAGAGGGCGGAGCCGACCGCUGCGAGUCGGUGGAGUUUGGAGAGGGCGGGGUUUUACUCCAGCGCAGGGGGUCUGGAAGAGAAAGAACCCACCUACCUUCCUCCAGUGGAACACAAUCACAGCCCUGAGCAAGAAAUGCUCUGUCAGGACUAAACUACUCAAACGUUCCUUCUCCCCUUCUCACCUCAGAACAGCAUGAUGGUAAAAUGUGUUUUUAAAGGAGCUUUUUGAAAGUCUAAUGAAACCAAAUACUGAAACGCAUUGUUCAAGAACAUGGGAUCUAUUGAACAGUCAGGGAUCCGAGGAGCACUUUGUUCUCAAACGUAUUUAAUUGAUCAUCCUGGACAAUGCUUUGAUUUGUGCUGUAUUUUCCCUCACGUGAUUUGGAUGUAAUGUGCAGAACUUGGGUUUAUAAUGACAUUGGUAAAAGGAAAGAUUUCGGUUGGGGGUAGCACACCAUCUGUUCCUUACAGACCAGGUCUCCGUUUCACCAAUCGAGUAAUUAUAGCAACAGAGACGUUAGUCCAAUUUAUUCUGAAUUUUUAUCCUCCCAGAAAAUAUGUAGAGAUUUAGAUCCAAAAGCUAUCAGCACCAAGAGUGCUCAGUCAUAUGCAAUAAAAAUCAAUAAGCUACAAAAGAUUCACAUGCUGGAUCUUUUUAAAACAUGAUUACCUCCUUGAGCGGACAGACUCAUGGUGACUUUAUGACCGUUGUUUACCAGCCCUGUGUCAUUAGCUAACUUCAUUUUCACUCUCUGUAGAAAUGCUGCAUGCUAAAUAACGUCAAGCUUCAGCCCCUAAUGCCUGCAUUUUUGCGUGAGUUUACCAUCGAAAUCUGGCCUCGGUUCACCCUUUUGGCAGCUCAAACGUACGAGAGCAUCUGACAAACGGAGGAUUCCCGUGACUGUUGUCUCCAACAAGAGUUCACAUGUAGAGGGAACGGGAAUC